AGUUAGAGACUUUUCUCGUCGCCAUUUUCUGUCGCAGAAGUGGUCUCCUGAAUCGCUCAGCUACUUCUUUUUAUCUUGUGCCUCGGUGCCGUUUGAAAACUAAAUCAAAUUACAUACUUGCGUAAGACGCUAAACUACUUCAGAAGAUGUCUACCGAGCAGACCGAAAGCGCCGCCGAAAAUGUAGGCCAGCAGCAGGCGCCUCAGCAGCAGCAGGCGCCUCAGCAGCAAGCGCCUCAGCAGCAGGCGCCACCGCCGCAGCAGCAGCCCCAGCAGCCGCAGCAAGGAGAACUGAAUGGAAAAGCCAAGCAUGAGCCAAAUUCAAGCCGGAAGGAGAGGCCCCAGAAGCGAGGUGGAGGUGGGCGCUACGAGCCCUAUGGAAAUGCAAACAAAAGAUACCGCGUCUUUGUCAGCAACAUCCCGUAUGAUGUGAAGUGGCAGGCCCUAAAAGACCUGAUGAAAGACAAAGUGGGUGAGGUAACGUACGUGGAACACUUAAUGGACGCAGAAGGCAAAUCGAGGGUAAGUGCAAAUACAUACAAAUAAAAAUAUGAAUAAACCUAGACAAAGCUGUUUGUGUCAGCUUUGGUUUCUUUUUUUUCCUUGUUGGGAAUUGUUCAGAAAACUGGCGGAGUGUGAAAUGGUGACAUGUCAGGCAUGUUAUGGUGUCGCCUGUGGCAAUGACUCGAAGCGCCCUGGAGGGUUGAUUCUCUUUUAUAAAAGGACAGCUUCUUUGUAGCCAAUCCUUUGGGAUUGCUGUAGCUGAUAAUGUCCUUUUUGGUUGCUGGAAUUCCUCCUAGUCUGCAAAAGGUUGUUACAAGGCUGUUUUAGAAGGUUGUUAAAUGUAACUUAUCUUGAACUGUUUUACUGGAAGUCACCUCCAAUAUCUUAGUGGGGAAUCCUAUUUCACUGUGGAUUUUCUUCCCUUUUGGAUGUUGGAAAAUUAGUGUUCAUAUUCACCACUUGCCUGGAUUGUGUUAAUGAUGGAAAAAAUGUGAGUUGUUAAUGUAAUUUUAUUUGGAAGAACAGAGCUGUGGCCAAGGAUGUAGGUUUGUGUGAAUUCUUGAAUGUGCAUGAGAAUUUUUUAUGUAUUCAUUGUGUCUUCAUCUGUUCAAAUUAUUGCUGUUACUAAUUUUGACUUUUCUCCAAUUUUGGUGCGGCCUCUUCUGAUGAUUUCUUUCAAAGGGUUGUGCUGUUGUUGAGUUCAGGACUGAAGAGCUAAUGAAGAAAGCUGUUGAGAAGGUCAACAAGCACAACCUCAAUGGACGACCUCUGAAAGUAAAAGAGGACCCUGAUGGUGUGAUUGCUCAAAGGGAAAUCAAUAAAUCACAAGGUGGAGGCCCUCCAGGUGGACAUGGUGGAAUGGGGGGAAUGGGUGGAAUGGAUCGCAUGAACAUGGAUCGAAUGGGUCCUGGACCAAAUGGCUCCAUGGUCAACAUUCCACCAAGCCUGAUGAACAACCCCAACAUCCCUAAUGAGAUCAUCCAUGGUCUCCAGGCUGGCAGGAUUGGCAGCACUGUGUUUGUGGCUAAUCUUGACUACAAAGUGGGCUGGAAGAAGCUGAAAGAGGUUUUUUGUAUGGCUGGUAUGGUGGUGAGGGCUGACAUUCUUGAGGACAAGGAUGGGAAAAGUAGAGGCAUGGGCACAGUGACAUUUGAUAUGCCCAUUGAAGCAGUCCAAGCUGUCUCUAUGUUCAAUGGACAGCUGUUAUUCAACAGGGUCAUGCAUGUUAAACUGGAUGAGAAGUCCCUGCCCAAAGAUUUUGGUCCUCCUGAGAGAGCUAAUACUCUUCCCCGCGGCCUGAGUGGUGUUGGUUUGGGCCUGGGGCCUGGUGGCCAGCCCAUCGAUGCUACCCAACUUAACAGAGGUGGUGGUGGUGGUGGUGGUUGUGGAGGCAUGGGCAAUAUGGGCCCAGGAGGAAUGGAUGGAAUGGGCUUUGGCAACAUGGGAGGUCGCAUGGGGGGAGGAAUGGACAACUUUGGAGGAUUGAACAAUAUGGAUCGAUUUGGUUCUUCAGGAAUGGGCAGAAUGAAUGGUAAGGAGAUGGACCGGGGGAUUGGUGGUGCUUUUGACAGGGAGUUUGGGCGAAAUGAAAUGGGAAUGUCUCGUAAUAAUUUUGGAGACUCGUUUGAAAGAGGAAUGGGAGGUUCCCUGGGCAUGGAUCGUAUGAGCUCUGGCAUGGACCGCCUAGGAACUGGCAUGGACCGCAUGACUGGAAUGGACCGCCUGGGCAUGGACAGGAUGGACCGUGGCUCCGACCUGGACAGAAUGGGGUCCGGCUUCGACCGAAUGGGCUCAGGGAUGGACCGGCUGGGACCCAGUAUGGACCGGCUAGGACCUGGCCUGGACCGCAUGAGCUCCAACAUGGAUCGCCUUGGACCAACUGGGUUUGACCGCUUAGGCCCGUCUGGUUUGGAUCGCAUGGGUUCUGGCAUGGACUUUGGGUCCCAAAUGAAUAUGGAUCGCAUGGGCAACACCAGCCUUGACAGAAUGGGCAGCAGCUUUGACCGUUUCCCUUCUGGAAGCCUCGACCGCAUGAGCUCUGGCAUGGACCGGAUGGGAUCUGGAGGUGUAGGUGGCCAGUUUGAUCGCUCUGGUGAUUUGGAUCGUGGUUUUGGUGGCAAUUCCUUUGGAGGAACUGGAACCGGUGGGCCUGGAACUGGAGGAAGCAAUGUCAGGAAGGGUUGCCAGAUCUUUGUAAGAAAUCUGCCCUUUGACUUCACCUGGAAGAUGUUAAAGGAUACCUUUAACACAUGUGGCAUGGUCCAAUAUGCCGAUAUAAAAAUGGAGAAUGGGAAGUCCAAGGGCUGUGGAGUAGUCCGCUUCGACAGCCCUGAAACAGCUGAGCGUGCCUGCCGAACCAUGAAUGGCUAUCGGCUGAAUGGAAGAGAGAUCGAUGUUAGGAUUGAUCGUAAUGCAUGAGUUAUCUUAUAGCUUAUAGUCAGCAAUGUGCUUCUCUGUAUCAUCUGAAUCACUCAUCAGCAUAUUAGACUCAGUUUGUUAUCUGUGAUGGUGAAAAUGUUUUUAGUUAGAAAUUUGUAACAAUGAAACUGUUUUAGUUUCCAAGUUUUUUUUUUUAUUUUAGAGACCAAACUUUUAAUUUUUUUUCCUCCUUACCGUUCACCUGUCAUUGCCUUUGUUGUUUUGAUAAAUAAACCUUGAUAUUUGAAACGUG